CUGUGCCUUUCAGUUUCGUUUCUGGCAGCCUGGUGGGUGUUGUUUAUCGGUUGUACAGCCAUGGCAAAAGCAAAGGAAGAAUUUGGAGCCUCUUGUAGCUUAGAAGAUGAACUCAGCUGUUCCAUCUGCCUGUCCCUGUACAAGAACCCCGUGUCACUCCGCUGCGGUCACAGCUUCUGCAAGCAGUGUGUCCAGAAGGUGCUCAGCACCCAGCAGCAGGACAAGGCCCCCUACUCCUGCCCGCUGUGUAGGGUCGAGCUGGGGCCCACCCUGGAACUGCAAAAUAACUUCCAUCUGUGCAGCAUCGUGGAGACGUAUCUGGCCAACAAAGGGAAGCAGGACGAGGGCUUUGCGACGGAAAACGGAGAGGCAGUUCCCUGUGACUUCUGCCUGGACAAGCCCCAGCCGGCCGUGAAGACGUGCCUGAUCUGCGAUGCCUCCCUGUGCCAGGCCCACCUGGACAAGCACGGCGCCAGGGCCUCCCACAGGGACCACGUCCUGGUGGAGGUGGGCACGGGCGGCUCGAUGGAGGAGAGGAGGUGCCAGGAGCACGGCAAGGUCCUGGAGUACUUCUGCCAGGACGAGAGGCAGUUCAUCUGCGUGCUGUGCUCCAUUGCAGGGUGCCACAAGGGCCACAAGAUCCUCACCCUGAAGGAGGCCCAUGACAUGAACCUGGAUGACCUCUCUCACACUGUGGAUAGGCUGCUGAGAUACACAAAUUAUUUAUCUAUCGCCCUCGAGGAGCUUCAGCGAAACAAGAAUCAGAUUGAGAACAAUACGAAAGCAGUGACUUUCCUGCUGCAAAGGAUGUUUGGAGAGAUAAAGACACAGAUAAAAAAGAAAGAGAAGAAGAUCUUCAGUGAUAUUCAAUCCAGUGAGAAAUCACAACUGGCAGAAUGCGCUAAACGGAAGAAAGAGAUGGAAGAAAAGAGAGCUGAGCUUGUGCAGCAUCUUCAGUCCUUGCAGAAGAUAAAAGAACAACCAAACACUUUCCGCCUCGUCAAAGAAUUUAGGCUGGUGCUGGACAGCAUUUCGAGUCACAAGUUCAGGAUCUGUCCGAAGAUGGACGUGUCAGCAGUGGAACUGAAUGAGGCUGCUGUCAGCAGCUUCCAGACACUGAUGGGGGACUGCUCAUCCCGCCUGGACAUGUACCUGCAAAGUGUGCACAGACUACUCACUAACCAGAUUAAGUGGAAGAGUGAGGAUCCAGCUGCUGGUAGCAGUUCAAACAGCAAAUUCGGGAAGAAAAAACGAAAAUAAUGCCAUAAAUUUCAGUAACUGGAAUAGAUGGAGAGCACAAGAGUAUAAUACCAACUGGAAGGAUGAAGAUGUGGACAAAGUGAAUGGUAUACGUAUUCCUGGAAGAAAGGGAGAUGCCAAAAAGCUCAGAACACGGAGAGAAGGAAGUUAAAGAUUGUCCAAAGUGUUCUUUAACUCCAGGUUGCCGUUAAGUGUCUUGGUCCUCCAUAUGAACCUCCUAUUAAAAGCAGUUCUAUAGCAAUGCCAAUUUUGAAAAGAAGUGUCAAUUAUUAACAUGAACAUAAGAAAAUCUCCAACUACUGCAUCUUGUAGCAUUAAUGUUUCUCGUGUCCUAUUAGUUGAAGUGACUAGGUUGCCAUUUUACAGUAGCGUAACCAAAUAAAGAGCUGUAGAUAUAAACAAGAAAGGCUGUUUGAUUUCAUACCAUCAGUGGGGAUUAAUUGUUAGGAACACUGCUUGUGGCUGGCUGCAGUAGAAAGCUGUUCAGGACCGUGGCACUAUUUGGAUAACCACACGUAACAAGUGAUCGUUACAGCACAGAUGGAAUUGUCUUUGUAUGAUAGCUUAGUCAGCCUCUAUUGUGGAAAUGUUUUCAUGGUCUGAAGCAGUGAUUGAGCACCUGGUGGGAAGGCAGGGCCAACCCAGGGGAGUUCAGGUGCAUACAACCCAGGGGAGUUCAGGGAUGGAGCCAGGAUCCACCCCUUCCCAGACCUCAUUUAAGGGUUGGCAGUGGAGGUGAGGGCAUCUUGCUGGAGAUCCCGGCAUACCUGAUGCCUUCUGAAAGUAAGCAGCUUCUUUCCUUUAUUUCUGUGCCCGUGGCUGUUGAGUUUCAGCAAUUCCUCACUUGUUGCAGCCUAGAACCUUGCUGCUUUGCUGUCACUGUCAUGCUUUCUGUUGUGUUACAGCCUCCAAGACAUAUUAAACACUCGUACAGACUUCUCAAAGAGCCAUGCAAAAUACCGUGGUCAUCCAUCACUAUAUGAAGGGACUGAAAAAGGCCUGAUCCUAAUGCAGAACUUUCUUUGUUAGUGUCCUCUCCUUUUGAUGUGACAAAUGACUGAAAUCAGUGAUUUACCGUGUGAGGACUGUGUGCUGAUGGGGUGUGCAAUGAAAUUGCUGAUCUCCACUCCCUUUUCCAGGACAGAUGGAAGUGCAUGUUACAUUUCAUGUGGCUAGUGUAUCUGCUUUCACACUCCAAUUUCACAUUCUCUGGUCUGUGUGGCUGCUGGCCUCCAUUUUGAGCAUUUAAAAAUUAUAUAUGGUGUCCUCAGCACUCCCAGUAAAAUGAAGAGACUUUACCUGGUGAAUUUGCACAAGAUGAAUCCCUUAAAUAAGAACACUUAAGAUUAAAACAAAACCAACCAAACAAAAACACUUUAUGUAUGUAAUGAAACUCAGCAUCACAAAUGAGCUCUGGAAAGGUGAUCAGCAAACGCACCUGGUCUUCUCAGUAAGUUGCUGUUGUAGGAGCAGUGCUAAUGUCUGUAAUGCCUUCCCCUCCCUUAUUUCCAUGCCAUUGUUUUCCUUUGCUUCUUCUGAAAUCUGAGAAGUGAAGGACUUAGGCCUGGGGAGGCACGGGGCUGUCUCCACAGCUGGGCCAUGCCUGGGAGCACUGCACACCCAGUGAGGUGGGCAGCAAGUGUUACACAAGCGCCACUGCUCCCAGCACAGCUCCUGAUGGUUAUCACUGCUGCAUUUUCCAAGUGAUCUGGACUGGAGGGACUUAAUUGCAGGGAUUAAAAACAAUCAAGGCAGCAACAUCUCCUUUCCAGAUUUAAAUGGACUGCAAAACUGCUGUGGAUCUGCAGCCUUUGCUCUGCUGCAUGCUUCUGCUGUCAGCGUAACAGACACUGCAUGGCCAAAUCUUGGGAGCUCAGCAGUAGCUCAAGGUGACUUUGCAAAUGUUCCCUACCACUGCAAGCCAGCAGGACAUAAAGGACAGCUACUCUCAACCACUAAAAUAAAGUGAAAGAAAUGAGCCAGUCCCUCAGUGCUUUUAUUACUAAGGCUGCUCUCUGCCAGGUAGUUACUGCUUUCACCCCAAGCAAAGGAGCCAUGACCAGCAAUUGCAGCUCAGCGCUGCUGCAGGCAGCAACUCACUGUGCUGCUGCAAAUCAGUACAGAGUGAGAGGUUAUUCAGCAAGGCAUUUUGAGUAGCUCCCUUCUCCCCACCUCACUGCAUCUCUUCAGUUGGCUACACUUAGCAAAUGUCAGCACCUCCAUAUCCCAUUGUGAAAUAUCAGUUUAGUAUUUCCCUGGUGUGGACUUGUGUUACAAACAUCUUUCUGUGUCCCAGGAUAUAUAUAUAUAUAUAAAAUAUAUGUAUUAGAGUAUUAGAUAGCAAUCAGAAGGCAAUAAUUACCUGAAUGGAACUUGAAUAGCACUUGAUUUGAAGAGAAAAGUUCACGCAGUUCUUCACUACUAGAUUUACCAUACAUGAAUUUGUAGCACUUGCCAAAACGGAGCAGAAGAAGGUGGCUCUAU